AGCCCUUCCCAGUGAGCCUCCAUGGCCCAGACGCAUGUGAAAGUGCGACCUGUGCUCCUGAAGCGGAACAGCCUGGAGUCGGUGGAGCCGGUGCAGCCGCCCCACCACCGCAGGACCAAGUCCCAGCAGGUGAGGUUCCAGGAGGAUGGGGCCACCAAGACCCCGCCUGGCCUCGCUGAGGUCGCCGCCCCCACGCCCCAAGACCCCACUGUGAUGGGCAAGACUCAAGCAGCCCGGCACCACCACCUGCCCCCCUACUCGCUCUCCUUCCCCCGGUCCCAGAAGGCGGGGGGCUUGAGGAACAUGGCUAUCCAGACCUCCCCCAGUCUCAGGAAACACUUCCCAGUCUUCAGGAGGAAGAGACUCACGGCCAGCAAGUCCUUGGUGGAAAUGCCCACGGCCUCCCAAAGUGCCACCCAGCUCAACGGCAACCUCUCUGAGCAGGACAUGGUGUCCUCCGACCUGGCUUACCUACGCCUGGCUCAGCAUUUGGAGGACGGGCCUCAGAGGGUCAAGGUGUCCCACCCUGCCCUCCCAAGGGUGCCCAAGGUGCAAAGCAACGGCCCCGUCAGCCUCUGCUUGGACGCCGGGAUGUGGAGCGCCUCGGAAAAAUCAACGGCUGCCAUUCAGGUCCCCGAUGACAUUUACCAGAGUCCGAGCUGGGCAGCGAGAGCAUCCGCUUUCAGGCCGGAAAGGUCAGCGGAGAGAAGCCACUCCACACCGCCUUCGGCUGACACGUGCCCAGGGGACCGGAGAAGAAUGCCACCACAAGAGUCAGAACCAUCCCCCUCCUGCUCCAAUGCCACCAGCGGUGCCAACCACAUUCCAGGCACGGGGAAACUAAAACCCGAGUUGCUUUUGCCCAAAGAAAACCCGGAUGACCAAGACUUUGGCCCCUCGGCAUCCCGGUCCAAGGAAACGUGUGUCCCCUCCCCUCUGCAAACGCACAGCACCUCCAUGCUGGACUCCCACGGCCCGCCCGCCAACCCAGGAGGGGCUUCAGACUGUUGGCCAGCCAGCGACGGUCACCCGGACCGGCAGUCCCCCCGGCCUCCCAGUGCAUCGAAACCUGCCACUGUGUGUCAGGAACAGACCGUCCAGGGCGCACCCCCGCCAGGCAGCCCUCCGGAGACGCAGAGCUGCCUCGGAGGCGAUCACCUUUCGUCCUCUCUGCCAAGGAGAGACACCGGGCAGAGCAGCAGGGACGCUGACGGGGCUCACCAGACCCACCCGGCACAGGGGGAGCUGUGCCACCUCCAGGGCAGGCUGCAGUCCGUGGAGGAGUCUCUGCACUCAAACCAGGAGAAGAUUAAAGUCCUCUUGAAUGUAAUUCAAGACUUAGAGAAAGCCCGAGCUCUCACGGAAGGACGCAACUUUUAUCGAACCGGCCAAGAUCUGAACAACUGCAGAACAUGCCAGAACACAGCGUGCAUCAUAUACAGUGUAGAAUAUGAUUUUCGACAACAGGAAGGCAGGUUCCAUGAGGUUCUACAGAAUCUGGAGGAAGUAGAGCCAGCUGAGGAGAUGUCUCCCCCACCAAAGUCCCCAGCAGAACCUCCGAUCCCUGAGAAACAGGACAUGAGGCGGAAAACCAAAAAGGUGAAGAAGAAAUGCUUCUGGUGGAUCUGAACUCUGGGGGACCAUUCCUCUGCCGUCCACUUCCCUGGACACCUCCCUGAUGUGAGGAAGCACUGCCUCAGGCCUUCUCAAUUCCUUGAGUGGUUGUGAGCCACUUAACCUGCAGAACAGGAAAGAGCUGAGCUGGUUUGGCCACUGAUGGACACUUGACCACAACCUCACCUGAAUGAGUGCCACUGCUUGCUGAGGACUCCUGGUACACUAAAGUGAUCACUUGUCACGCGCCCUGCCAUCCAUGGCCAGGCUGUGUCCCUGUUUGCUAGAUUCUCCCUGUAAUAGAGCCCCUGUGGUACUUUCCAACACCUCUGUGAUGCUAAGCACCUUCCACCUUCCCAUCCUGGGCUCAUGAUCCCAGGAG